CAAAGGACAACCAUUUGCUAAGAUAUUCACAGGUUUUUUCGAACUAGAUGAUUUGCAUUUUUGGCAAAAUGCAUGGUUGAACAAAAAAUUACAUAAUGGUGGUGCUUUCCAUAAGAAAGAAAUGGCUCAAUAUAAAAGAAGCUAUGUACAUUUUCUGUUAAGUGAGAUUGUUUAGGCUACUUGUGGUAACUUUUAACAUGAGCAAAAUGGAGCAGUUGCAACAGAAACAACUUAUUAAGAUAUUUUCUACAAUGUUGUUAAAGUAACCUUAUAUUUAAACAAUAUUGAAAUUCAAUCGGUUUAUUUAAAUUAGUGCUCAUUAACUGAUUGAUUGAACUGCAUCGUAAAACGACUCUUUUUAACUGUACUUGAUCUCCACCUAGUGGUACAAAGUGGUACACAGUCACAAUGCAGUAAAACCACACCGUCAUCUCUAAACUGUACGAGUUACUGCUUUAUUUUAAACAUGCAACCACUCGAUCAAAAACAAUUAGUGUCACGCUGUGCCUUAAUCUAUGAGCCCCAUAGCCCCUAUGCUGUUUCAGAUAUAACGGGACUGCAUGUUUUGCUUUCUGAUUGGUUUUACUGAGAUAAUAACUUUUACUAUGCCCAGUUAAGGCAACCUGUCGCUGGACACCGCAACACUGAUUCUACAAAGUACGACAUUUAGCAGCUGCAGCCGUGUAGUUGUCCGACUGUAUCCAGCGAUUGCGUUUGUAAACAGGAAGUCUCUGGCGAAUUCUGUGAAUCAAAAGUGAAAGUGCAUUAAAAGCAAAACAACUCAGAAGAGAAGAGAAAUGGCGGAGGCAGACAUUUCCAUGAACAUGGAGCAUGUCUGCUGUGCGAUCUGUUUGGACAUGCUUCAUGACCCUGUUACUAUCCCCUGUGGACAUAGUUAUUGCGUCAACUGCAUCACACAUUUUUGGGAUCAGGAUGAUCGACGGAGAUCGUGUUGUCCGCAGUGCAGGCGCAGUUUCGACGUAAGGCCCGAGCUCAAUCGAAACACUAUUCUUGCUGGGCUGGUGGAGAAACUUUGGAAAAGUGGAAAUUGUCCGCCGAAAAGUCCCCCCCCGUCCGACAGCGUUGGGUGCGACGCGUGCAGGGGCAACAUACUGCCGGCUGUCAAAUCUUGCUUGGUGUGUCUGGCCUCGUAUUGUGAGCUUCACGUUCAGCCCCACUUUGAAUCCCCUGCUUUUAAGAAGCACAAACUGGUUGCGCCCUGCAAGAGACUGCAGGAGAAGAUAUGCUCUGUUCAUGACCGACUCUAUGAAUUUUACUGCCGUACCGACCAGGCUUGUGUUUGCUAUUUGUGUACAAUGGGAGAACACGAAGGCCAUGAUAUUUUGACGGCUGAGAAUGCACGAGCUGAAAAGGGGGAAGAGCUCAGAAGUCUGGGAAGGACAUUGAACCAGGGGAUCCAGCAGAGAGAGAAGGUGAGCCAAGACUUGAAAAAGACAGUAAAGAACAUCAAGUGCUCUGCACAGGAAGCCUCUGGAGAGGUUGAGCGGACGUCAACCGAGCUUCUCGCCUCAAUCAAGAGAAGGCACUCAGAGGUGAUGGAGUUUCUCAAAGCACAGGAGAAGACUGAGCUAAGAGGAGCAGAAGGUCUCCUGGAGCGAGUUGAGAUGGAGAUAGCUGAUCUCAGAAAGACAGCUGCAGACCUGGAGAAGACCUUAGAGACUAACGAUCACAUUGACUUUCUUCAGAGUUACCUCUUUUUGAAUCAUCCAUCUGUCCCUCAAGCGUUUGAUGUCCCUAUCCCUAAUCAUAAAGCCACAUUUAAGAAGGUCAUAAAGUUUGUCUCGAAGCUUCAGAAGAUCCUGGAGAACAUCUGUGGCACACAUAUGAGCAACAUCUUAGAAACAGAAACAAAUAUACCAGAAACACCACUCAGUGUCAUUCCAGAACCCAAGACGAGGAAAGAUUUUUUGCACUAUUCCUGUUACCUUACAUUGGAUUCUGCACCUGGCCACCCCAACCUGUGUGUGUGCGAGGGCGGCAGGGCUGUGGAAUGGGUCGCUGGUGCUUCCUCAGGGAGCGUGUGGCCUCAGAUGAAUUGCAGGGAAGGUCUGACAGGGCGCUGCUACUGGGAGGCCCAGUGGAGUGGCUCUGGGAUUUGCACAGUAGGCCUGACUGAAGGGCGUGAGAGCAGAGGACUGGCUGUAAAGAGUGGCUUUGGAAGAGACACUCUCUCCUGGGGGCUGGACUGCUUCCAGCUAUCUUGUGUGUUUCGUCAUGGCAAUGAUAAUGUCACCGUGGUGACCCCAAGGGCAGCCAACACAGUAGGAGUCUAUCUGGACCACAGGGCAGGGAUAUUGUCCUUCUACAGCGUCUCAGACAAGAUGACCCUGCUACACAGAGCCCAUGCCUGCUUCACCCAGCCCCUCUACCCUGGUUUUGGCUUCUGGGCAAAUGCAUGGCAGAUAGGCACAGAUUCAGUUUUAUUUGGCAGAUCUGCCCUUACCUCUGAAAAAGGGCACAUGUCUGUUAAACUACUAAACCUGUGAUGGCCUUUUUCUUUCAAGAUUUAAUCAGGAUUCUUAUUGGUUGGGACAUAAAAAUAUAUUUACAUGCAUACGUGGUUUUAACUAAGCAAAUGGCCUGCUAAUAAAUCCUGUACAGGUAUGACAUUCAUCUAAAAAUAUUCUAAAAUUAAUGCAUUAUCACUAUUUAUUCUUAAAAGUGAUUCAGAAUCCUUUUUUUUUUUAUCUGUGGAUUUUAAAUCUGUGAUAUUACAAAGCGAAAUUGCACCCACAGAUUGCUUGAUAAUGAACGAUGUUAAGAUGAUUCUGAGGUCAAAUAAAUUAAUCAAAUUUC